AUGUUUGGUAAUCCUCCUAAUGCUAUAAUAACUGAUCAGGAUAGAGCAAUGCAAAAUGCAAUUGAGCAAGUUUUUCCUAAGGCAUGUCAUAGAUGGUGUUUAUGGCACAUUAUGAAAAAGAUUCCUGAAAAAUUGAAAGGGUAUAAGGAAUACGAUUCAAUAAAGUUUCAGCUACAAAAUGUUGUAUAUGAUUCCAUUGAUAUUGAUACUUUUGAAAUUGGAUGGAGUUCCAUGAUUUCAAAAUUCAAUUUGGAAAACAAUGAUUGGCUUAAUGGAUUGUAUGAGGGAAGACAUAGAUGGAUCUCAUGUUUUGUGAAAGAUUGUUUUUGGGCAGGAAUGUCCACUACACAAAGAAGUGAAAGUAUGAAUGCUUUUUUUGAUGGAUAUGUUAAUGCUAAAACAUCUUUAAGAGAAUUUGUGGAAAAGUAUGAUAAUGCUUUAAAAGAUAAAGUGGAAAAAGAAGUUAAUGCUGAUACUCGCUCAUUAAGUACUACAAUUCCCUUUGUUACUCCUCAUGCUAUGGAAAAACAAUUUCAAGAGAAUUAUACCAAUGACAAGUUCAAAGAGUUUCAAAAAGAGAUUGUAAAUGUAAUGUAUUGUGAAUGCAUGCUGUUACAGUCCGAUGAGGCUAUUUUUAAUUAUCAAGUGGAAGAGAUCCAGUAUGUAGGUGAUUCUCAAACUCUAAGAACUGUAAAAUACAAUGUUGUUUUCAUUAAAGAUAUGGAACUUGAGUAUGAGGUAAAAUGUGAAUGUCGUCUUUUUGAGUUUCGGGGAAUAAUAUGUAGACAUAUCAUCAAGGUGCUUCUUUUCAAGCAAAAUGUUUUUACUAUUUCAAGUAAAUACAUUUUAAAAAGGUGGAGAAAGAAUGUAAAGCGAUGUCAUAGUAGAACUAAGGUGACAUAUAGUACAUGGAAAGAUACUGAGGAAAAAAGGAUGUAUGAAAUGGUUUGUGAUGCAUUCUAUAGAAUUGUUGAUUUGGCGGCUGAAAAUUUAGAGAGAUGCAACCACUUAGUUGGUACAUUUAAAAAACUAGAGUUGGAAUGGGAUACUAAUGAUAAAGGUUGUUCCAAGAAUAUAUCAACCAACAAGCAAUCUGAGAGGAGUGAAGGUAAAAAGCCAUCAAAUCUGAGUUCUACUAUUCUUUCUCCGAUUAAGAAAAGAUGCAAAGGUCGCCCUUCAGUGAAGAGGAAGCAGUCUAAGGUGGAUACAAUUGUAAAAAAUCUGAGGAAGAAGCCCAAAACCGGUGGGAAAAAAAAUUGCAAGAAAACAAAUUUAAUAGAUCUGAAUGUACCAAGUGAAGAGCUUAUGUCAUACUUGCCAAAUGGUGGUAUAAUGCAGGACGAUAACGAUGCUGAAGUCAGGGAACUUGUUCCUGAUGAGACUUUUAAAUCUGCAAUAGAAGAGACGUCUGCCCAGGAUUUAUAAAAGAUUUAAUAGAUUGUUUCAUAGUUAAAUUGGAAGAAGACUAUAGCUUACUAUUUGUAUCAGCAAUACAUUUGCAUUUCUUUGUAAUAGGUGCUGAUUUCUUAGAGUUUUUAUUUAUAUUUUUGUAGUUCUUUGAUUGCAAACAUAAUGCAGAAUAAAUUUUAUUUUAGUUGUGAUUCUUGUUUUGCUUGUUAUUCUUUUCAGUGUGCC